AUGUCGACGACCGCCAGAAUUCAUCCCGCAGCCUCUACAGUGUUCUCCUCCACCAUCAAACACCACCUCCUCCGACCCCCUCCAAACGCCGUCGUUUUCAGAACCAAUCCCAACUCCGUCAGGCGUCGCGGAACCAUAAGAACCCUCACUGUGGCAGCGGCUGCCCCUUUUGAAGUUUGCGCCAAAGCCUCCGUCACUGUCCCCAACAAACUCGGCGACUGUCCAUUUUGUCAAAGGGUGUUGCUGACUCUAGAGGAAAAGAAUCUCCCUUAUGACCUGAAGUUGGUGGACUUGGCUAACAAGCCAGAGUGGUUCUUAAAGAUUAAUCCAGAAGGUAAAGUACCUGUGAUAAAUCUGAAUGAGAAAUGGGUUGCAGAUUCAGAUGUUAUCACACAAGCUUUGGAAGAAAAGUAUCCAGAUCCACCUUUGGCAGUCCCCCCUGAGAAGGCUUCAGUUGGGUCUAAGAUCUUCUCCACAUUUAUUGGGUUCCUUAAGAGCAAAGACCCCAAAGAUGGAACAGAACAAGCAUUGCUAAAUGAACUUAGCUCUUUCAAUGAUUAUCUCAAAGAAAAUGGUCCUUUCAUCAAUGGGAAGAAGGUUUCUGCUGUAGAUUUUUCACUUGGACCCAAGUUGUAUCAUCUAGAGAUUGCUUUGGAGCAUUUUAAAGAUUGGUCAGUUCCAGAUUCCCUUCCAUAUGUGAAGUCUUACACGAAGAGUUUAUUCUCACUGGAUUCAUUCGUCAAAACUAGUGCCCUGAAAGAAGACGUCAUUGCGGGUUGGCGGCCGAAAGUCUUGGGUUAA